AUGGAAAGUCAGGAGAUAUGUGGGCCAGAGAAAGUUGUGUCAAGCUCCUGUCAUGUCAUCGAGGCUAUUUCAGCAUCCGCUCCACCCCCAGAGGUCAGGUUAGGGCAGGUCACUCAGUUUGUGACAACAGAAGUCCAAAGAACCAUGGUGUCUGUCCGACACGAGAGGUCGCCUCCCCCACCCCCGGCCCCAAGAGCGAACGGUGUCCCAAUCUCACUGGAGAAACCUAAACCACAACAGACACAGAGUACACAGGGCUACCAGCUGGGGGAGGUAGUAGACCUUCGUACCAUGAAGGUGAAUUCAGAAUCGGCCAUGAAAGUGGUGGAUCUGUCUUCCUCAGAUGUUAGACGCCAGUCCUUGGCCACAGACAUCAACGGUCGUCAGACAAGCGCAGUGCAGUCCCCAGUGGUCAAUCUCAGCGUUGAGUCAUCCAGUGUUUCCAUAGUGACUGACAGCAUCACCAUAGUUACAUGUGCUGCCACCAUACAAAGUUACGAAAAUACCAACAUAUCCCAAGUCCCCUCUGUGCCCCUUCAGCUUACAACCACAAACAAAGCCUUUGAGCCUGUUUGUCAGAUCGUCUAUCGCCCCAUAGAUGCACAGCCCGCAACCAGCAACAAUGCUGAGAUCCCCAUUAACCUUUCUGUAGGACCUGGCACAGGCUUAGGGACAUUCCAGCCACCUGUCACCAUCGCCCCUACCUCUGCCCCAGGGUGUGUGGCUAAUGGUCUGAGCAGCGGGGCACCGACAGUAGCAGGUGCGGUGGACCUUAGCACAGCCAAACCCUUCAACACUGUGGUUUCGGUCGACACUUCCUCCACAGAAGUGGUCACGGUUGUGAUCACAGAGGAGGAUGGGAAACCCGUGGACCUAACGGCCGGGAGAAGAACCGUCUGCUGUGAUGUUGUCUACAAGCUGCCGUUUGCAGGUAGCUGCACCACCCAACAGCCCACUACUCCAUUGCCUGAAGACCGCUUUGGCUACCGAGACGACCACUACCAGUACGACCGCUCGCCCUACAGCAUGAGGGGCUUCGGUGGGAUCAAACCCUCCAUGUCCGAUACCAAUCUGUCUGAGGCCGGGCUUUUCCUCUACAAGAGCAAGAACAGUUACAAUUUCAAUGGCACCACAGAGGGUGCAGUAGACCUGACAUCCUCCAAGACAUCUGAUGCAGGUUUGUGCAGUGACAUCGCCGACCUCUCGCUGAAAUGUCACUUUGAGAUGCCUCUGCUUAUUCAUGGAUGAUGUUUUUUUAUUUGUUGUUUAGUUCACUUAUUUUUGUUUUUUCAUAAGUGCUUUGCAUGGACAUUUUAUUUUCCCUUAUUUUUUCGUUCUACCUUUAUGAUCAUUUUUGGUACACAGAUGCCUGUGCUUGCAUGCUGUUUGUUCUGGCAAGACUGGAGGUUUUUACAUUUUUUAUGUUGCUUUUUUAUUUCUUUGGAUUGAGCAUGGCUUUGGAUGGAGCAUGGCUUUCUGUAUGAGGUUUCCCCACUAAAGUUACCUGUUUUUGUGGACUCAAUAGAUUUUUUUCCCCCAACAGGUGUAGCUUUGGACUUCUCCACCAAAGGCUCAGGGUUAUAUUCUGAAAUGAUAAUCCCCCCAUAUUCCCAAACCAGAGUCACAGGGGCUGUUGGGACACACUUUGGCACGAGCAGUGUCCUGAGAUCCUCCAAUGGGGUGGUGUACUCUUCAGUCUCAGCACCAAUCCCAUCCACCUACGCCAUCACCACACAACCUGGCUCCAUAUUCAGCACCACCUACAACUCCCUGUUGGCGGGCAUGCACACCAGCGACACCAUGCCAUCCCUGUCCACUCUCCAGAACCAGCCCAUGACUCGGUCCCACAGCUUCAUCUCUACCACCUCCGCAGACGAUCAAGGGGAUGUCCCCCUCAACCUGGAGCUCUCCAAAGAUGGCAUAUCCACCUCCGCGGCCCUCACCAGCAAAACGGCCAACCUGGCCCUGGAAAGACUGGACUCGUACACGGACGCGUCCCUGGAGGCUAUUGCCGCCUCACUGGAGGCCCUGUCCUCGCCCUGUGUGCCCGGGGAGGGCCAGUACCAGAUGCAGCGUGAUAUUCUGGAGAUGGAGAAGCUCAAGCAGCAGCGGUUGGCUGAAGAACUGGAGUGGGAGCGUCAGGAGAUCCAGCGCUUCCGCGAGCAGGAACAGAUGCUGGUGCAGAAGGAGCUGGAGGAGCUGCAGUCCAUGAAGCAGGCCAUCCUGUGCCAACAGGAGGAUGAGCGCCAGGCCCACCUCAUGAUGCAGAAGGAGACCUAUGCCCAGCAGCAGCAGCAGUUAGAGCAGAUCCAGAGGCUCCAGGAGCAGCUCCGAGCGCAGCUGGAGGAGCAGAAGUUCCGGAAGAUGUAUCCGGGGGAGAUGUUGCUGGGGCACGGCCAGCAGGAGGCUGUCGUCCUGGGGCCGGACGGCACCGAGCUGGCCCGGAAAAUCAUGGAUAGUGGGUGUCAGACGGACGACGAGGACAGUGUUGUCGAUAAAGCCUAUAUGGCGGGGAGGAAGAAGAGAAGCACAGCCAAGAAGAGCGUAGACAGCUGCGUGCAGACGGACGAUGAGGACCAGGAGGAGUGGGAGCCUGCUCGGGCCAGACGUAGCAGGCCUCGCACGUCCAGGGGGGACAGAGGCGGACAGACCUCCGAUAUGUCCAUUCAGGCUCACUCUGAGAUCUCCAUACAGACAGACUCUGCAGGGAACGUAAGAAUGGAUGCCAGGAUGGAGCUCUCUGACUCGGAAAGUCCACAUAGGGGAGACAAGAGACGGCCCAUGCCCUUGGAGAUAGAACAGUCUGGCCACCUCAGAGCUAACCCCUCCUGCCUUCAGGCACCGCCCAAAUCCCCCAAUGUCCUCUACUCCCCCAUAUCCCCCUGCAUAUCCCCGAGCAAAUCCCUUGAAUUUGUGUCCUAUGAGAAAUCACUGGGUGAUACAAGCCCACAGAGAAUAAGAGGGAGUACUGAACCGACCAAAGUCUCUCCAGCCGGCAGCCCCAAGGCACCUAAGGCCAUGCAGAGAUCCAUGUCCGACCCCAAGCCCAUGAGUCCAACUGGAGAGGAGAGGGCAUCAUCCAGUUUCCAGUAUGGCGACAGUUACUCCGUGAGUAUUGGUUCAAUCAUUGUUUGCAAUUGUGAUAUGUUCUAUUUAAGUGGGCAUAGAGUUUCUCCAUUAGGCAUGCAGGCUUUAUACAAAAGGUCAGUUUUCUCACCCCAAGGAGAAAAGGUACAAAAGGGCGCUAACACUUGCAUAUUAUUAUUUAUACAUAAUUGGGUUUAUUUUGUAAUUUUAUAUUAAGGCCUUGUGUUGCCACUAGAGUUUGAGUUUUUCUAAGCAUGUUACACUGUGACAUUAGAAAAACAAACUAGAGCAUAAUCCAUGAUAUUGUUCUGUUUUGAAACCAGAUUUGGAAUGCAUUUCCAGGUUGCACUUUUUGUUAUAACAAUACUCCAUUAUUGCCCUGAAAAUGAUGUCUUAUUUCAGUUCUGUUUCUCUCACACUCAUCUAAUGUAGCCCCCGGCUUGCUAUUAAUUUGGCGAGUUUGCUGUCUAAAUUCAUAUGAGCCUCUCAUAGAAUGCCCUUUCAAAGGCAUUGCUGCACUAAAGCUGAUAUAUUUAUAUUGGCAUUUUAGUUUGAAGGCAAAGCCUGCAAGACUGGAGGGAAUUUUUUCUAGAAGAGUUUCCAAUUUUCAUAUUUCGGACAUUGAGUCAUUGCACAGUGCCUCUUCAAUGUGAUUUGGGACUGGUAGCGUACUUGGUAGAUAUCCCACAUUCUUUCUUUCAAACCAGACUAACUAGAUCAGGACAUAUUUGUGGUAAUGCAAAUUAUUUAGUCCAAUGGUUCCAGCUAUUCGUUUAUUAACUACUAGUUGUAUUAAAACGUAACAUUUGAAUUUCAUAAACACUGCAAGUAUAGAAGUGUGUUCAUAGCCAUUAUUAUGUUUUUAACUUGUUUCCAUGGGACCGGUUGCAGACAUACUCAAAAUGUAAUGAAAGAUGAUUAAGUUACGAUAUAUACUUAGGUUAUGCAUACUAGGGUUGGGGCGGUAUCCAGAUAUAUAUGGUAUACCAGCCAAGCCUUAUGCAUACUUAAUCAAGCCUCUCAUUUUGCCUCUGGCCCUCUCCCGGGGUAUUUAACAUCCGUUUUUUGCCUGAGUGAUACACCACAGAGCUCCUCAUACUGUACUUACAAGGGAUGGACAAAAAGCUGAGCUUGUAGGAAAAUAUUGAUAUGCCACAGAUCCAUAGAGCUUUAAUGUGAAUAAAUUACAUAUUUUGAGGCUGCUCUUAAGGUAGUGAGUAACAUUUACGGCCAGGAGCACCUACAGUAUCUUCCUGUGAAACUCACCAGCAAUUGAUAUGCUGUGUUUCUCAAUAAGCUUUCACUCACUCUGAGGACACCACAUUUUAGUCUGUGCCUGAUUGUAAUCGGGACACAGAGACACUGGGAUAGAGAUCCUCUUCUAUUUUAGUCAUCCAUUAAUUUAAUCAGAUAAUUGAAAUCAUGCAAGAUUUAACACUUCUUUCCGGUUAAUUUAGUCCAUGUAGUAAAGGUUUAGACAAAGUCAUCAUUCAGAUGCUGUAACCAUUCAGUGUGAAAUCACAAUGUGACGUUUGAGUAUAAAUCAUUAAAUAUAGAAGCAAAGCUAUUUGUUUGUUGGUUUGGUUUUCUCCCCCAGGGCAAAAGCUCGUCGGGCAGCACCCCAACUGGCACUGGCAAGAAGGUGAAGAGGACCCUGCCCAACCCGCCCUCGGAGGAGGAGGCAACAGCCACCGGACAGACGUCCUACAGCACUGGCUCGGCCCGCCGUCGCAUGUGCCGCAACACCAACAUGGCGAGGGCCAAGAUCCUGCAGGAUAUCGACCGUGAGCUGGACAUGGUGGAGCGUGAGUCAUCCAAGCUCCGCCACAAGCAGGCAGAGCUGGACGAGGAGGAGAAGGAGAUCGACGCCAAGCUACGCUACCUGGAGAUGGGCAUCAACCACAGGAAAGACGCCCUCCUUAAGGAGCGGGAGAAGAGGGAGCGGGCCUACCUGCAGAGCGUGGCCGAGGACCGCGACUACAUGUCAGACAGCGAGGUCAGCAAUAUCCGGGAGACACGGAGCGGCCGCGGCAGUGGGGAAGAUGAAGAGAUGGCAGGUCACGGGUUGGAGCGCCCCAGGACGGCACCCCAGUCAGAGCUGGAUGACUUUGUGCCACCACAGACCACACACGAGGCCCAGUACGGCAAGUACUCCCAGUACCAGUACCCCCUGAGCCAGACGCUGUACCAACAACAAUCCCUCUACCAGUCCCCCCAGUCCUACCAGUCUCAGUCUAUCUACUCCUCAGUCCCCUCCCUGUCUAGCUCCCAGCAGCAGAGCUACCACCAGAUGCUCCUGCUCCAGCAGAAGGCAGCCAGGCAGGCGGCCCUGCUCCAAGAGUUGGACGCGUCGUCCAAGUAUGAAGUCAUCAGCCGGCAGCCCGACCCAGUGUCCUCCGCCUACAUGGGAGGGGUCAGGUACGACAAGUACGGUAACCACUUGGACCUCCGGGCCCUGGAGGUGGGGGGCAGUAUGGCUGGCAGCCCCAUGUCCAAUGUGUCGGCCGACUCCUUCUAUGGAGACGUGGAGCACCACCACCACGCUCCACGAAGCUACGUCCUCCUAGAAGAUGCGGCAGAGCUGGCCAAGAGCUCCACGAGUCUGGCUUCAUCCAGCUAUGCCCAGGCCGAGAAGGAGCUGGCUAAGGCAGAGAGGCUGUUGAGGAGAAGUGCAGCCGACCUGACCUCCACCGAAUACCUGGGCUCCAGCUCAAGGCUGCACUCCGGGUACGGAAAGACCCAGACGACGAGGACUCCAUGGACGACCCCUACGAGCUGAAGCUCCUCAAGCAGCAGUUGAAGCAGGAGUUCCGGAGGAGCACAGGGGGAACAGAAAGCCUGGACCCGCUGACGGGUCUCUCCCACAACUACUACAGCACCCCAAGCUCGGAUGUCUCCUCCUCCCAGAGCUACUCCCAAAGACACUACCCCAAGACGGAGAAAUACAGCAUCAGCCGGCUGACCCUGGAGAAGCAGGCAGCCAAGCAGCUCCCGGCGUCCAUGCUGUACCAGAAGCACAAAGCCCCGCUGACCGACCCCAAAGUCUCCAAGUACUCCUCCAUGCAAGACGGCAGGGGUCUGGAGACAGACUAUGCCAGCUAUUUAGGGUCCAGUAAUGUUAGCGCCUCUCCUAGAUCCAGCCGGCUCCUCCAGGAUGAGAUCACCUUUGGACUACGCAAGAACAUAGCCGAGCAGCAGAAGUACCUGGGCUCCACGUUGGGCGCCAACCUGGCCGGCUCGCUCAACUUCGGCCAGAGCCUGGCCUUGGACUCGACCUCCUACCCCAGUGGCAGCCGCUCACGGCCCUCUUCCAGGCCCAACUCUGUCUAUGGCCUGGAUCUCUCAAUCAAGCGGGACCCCUCCAGUUCCUCGCUGAGGCUCAAGGGGGACGGAGAGGCUGCCUCAGACAGCUACCAGACACCCUCAGGGCGUGCCAAGCCCACCAGCCUACCCAUCGUGCAGGGUGGCCGGGGGCGCAUCCCCAUUGUGGCGCAGAACUCUGAGGAGGAGAGCCCGUUGAGUCCUGUGGGCCAGCCUAUGGGCAUGGCGCGGGCGUCGGCGGGGCCCCUGCCGCCCAUCUCGGCCGACUCGCGGGACCAAUUUGGUUCGUGCCUCUCCCUGCAGGACUCCCAGCAGCAGCAGCACCUGAGGGAGGAGCCAACGAGGGGGCGGGGCUACGUCUUGAUGGACGACCACCAGGGCACCAUGUCGGACGGCGAAGGUAAAUGACAACAGCAUCAGUUCAGAACUGUGUUCUUCCUAUUUUGAACUGACUCUGCUUGCAUGCUCCCAAUAUACCACCCACAUAUACCACCCAUGACUUUUGGCUUUCCUCAUGUCUUAUCUGUGUCUUUAUUGGUUUCUUCAUCUAUUGUCUAUUCUGAAUGUAUUCAUUCACUUCCUUUGAUUUUGAUUUUAUGUAUUGGUCUCAAUGCAAGUUUCAAGUUGACUUUACUGAAUGUAAUUACUAUAUUAUGUAUUUGUCUGUGUUGAUGUCCUUUGAUGUUUAAUCCCUCAUUUGGCUCUUUUUUGGUCUCUAAAUGCAUGUGAUUGUGUCUGCGUUGGAAUAUAUCAUUAUAUAAUAUAUAUUUUCCUAUUUAAGCUCUAUGCAUGGUACUCUAUACUGUCUAUCACUUAAAGAUACUGUAUGUAGAAGGUAUCCUUCCUCCAAUAGCAUUCUCUCUCUGAAACUGAUCAGCAGUUUUGUUUGCUAAAUGCUGUCAUUUGUGCUCUAUAACUGACAUACUUGAAAAUAUGGUUUUGUGCUUUAAGUCCUGGAGGAGUAUUUCACAACUUGCUUGUUUAUCUAACGCACAGGUGUUCGGAGUAGAAUAGUAGAAUAAUCCCUCUACUUGAAAGCUCAGGUCAGAUUGUGCAGGGAAAUUAGAAAAGAGCCUCGCUUUCUCUGAGGUGAUAUAUUGAAAAAGUGCCUAAGGCUAGCAAAAUGUGUUUAUUGCUUUGUCCUUCAUAUAUUUGAUGUUUAUAUACAAUUCAGUAGUUCAAUUGAGGACAAAAUAUGAUACAUCAUAGGAAUGUGUAUCUGUGUGAACACUGCACGUUGUGUAUUUAGACUACGAUAGGCUAUUACAGACCUGUUGGAAGGUUUAAAUGUAUUUUGUUGUGGUAGUUAGGUACAUACAAUAUUAGCAUUGCAUCAGUGCAGUAUGUCUUAUUUGGAUGAAAUACACUUGAACAUUUCUAUAAUUCUUUCUCACUUUCUUGCAUGUCCAUCUCUAAGGGUUUUCCAAUGCAUGUUAUGUUAAUGCAUGUUCUGUUAAUCUAUAAUAAAUCAAAAACUAUAAUUUCAUUUGCAUGUCUUUGUCUGAAUAUGUGCAUGGGUGUCAUACCUUUCUGUUGUACAUGUUGCCUGGGGAAUAUAAUGUUUAUUGUAGCAUGAACAAAGCUCUUCCUGAUUCUGUGAUAUCGCUUAACAUCUUUAUCAGGGUCUUUUGUGCUCCAACAAAAUGCAAAACAGUUUUCUCUAUUCUCUCUCUAUUAUGUCUCUCUCUCUAUCCUGCUGACAACCAUGUCUAUUUUAAAAUGAUACCCUUCACAACACUGUUUACGUGAUUUCAUAUAAAUAUGAACAGCAAAAAAAUCUACACUUGUCAUGACAGGACCAUCCACUCAGAAAUAAACCCCCUAGUUCCUAUAACCCUAUCCCAUAAUAAGUGUGUAGAACUUGACCCUUUGACCUAUAGUAAGGUCUGGAGACUGGCUAGGCCACUCCAGGACCUUAAUGUGCUUCUUCUUGAGCCACUCCUUUGUUGCUUUGGCCGUGUGUUUUGGGUUAUUGUCAUGCUGGAAUACCCAUCCACGACCCAUUUUCAAUGCCCUGGCUGAAGGAAGGAGGUUCUCACCCAAGAUUUGAUGGUACAUGGCGCCGUCCAUCGUCCCUUUGAUGCGGUGAAGUUGUCCUGUCCCCUUAGCAGAAAAACACCCCCAAAGCAUAAUGUUUCCACCUCCAUGUUUGAUGGUGGGGAUGGUGUUCUUGGGGUCAUAGGCAGCAUUCCUCCUCCUCCAAAUACGGCGAGUUGAGUUGAUGCCAAAGAGCUCGAUUUUGGUCUCAUCUGACCACAACACUUUCACCCAGUUCUCCUCUGAAUCAUUCAGAUGUUCAUUGGCAAACUUCAGACGGGCCUGUAUAUGUGCUUUCUUGAGCAGGGGGACCUUGUGGGCGCUGCAGGAUUUCAGUCCUUCACGGCUUAGUGUGUUACCAAUUGUUUUCUUGGUGACUAUGGUCCCAGCUGCCUUGAGAUCAUUGACAAGAUCCUCCCGUGUAGUUCUCGGCUGAUUCCUCACCGUUCUCAUGAUCAUUGCAACUCCAUGAAGUGAGAUCUUGCAUGGAGCCCCAGGCCGAGGGAGAUUGACAGUUCUUUUGUGUUUCUUCCAUUUGCGAAUAAUCGCACCAACUGUUGUCACCUUCUCACCAAGCUGCUUGGCGAUGGUCUUGUAGCCCAUUCCAGCCUUGUGUAGGUCUACAAUCUUGUCCCUGACAUCCUUGGAGAGCUCUUUGGUCUUGGACAUGGUGGAGAGUUUGGAAUCUGAUUGAUUGAUUGCUUCUGUGGACAGGCGUCUUUUAUACAGGUGACAAGCUGAGAUUAGGAGCACUCCCUUUAAGAGUGUGCUCCUCAUCUCAGCUCAUUACCUGUAUAAAAGACAUCUGGGAGACAGAAAUCUUUCUGAUUGAGAGGGGGUCAAAUAUGGGGCAGAAAACUCCAUGUUUAUCAAUUUGCCUUGGUUACAGCCCUGAGUGACUCCAUGCUGGCACUGAACAGAGAUGAUCCCCGACAAUCACAUGAGAAUAUCCCAAACGGUAGAGUAUUAGUUCUAUUAGUUCCAUUUUCCUACCCCGGCCCUGCCCCCUACCUGUCAAUCAUCCAUAAGCCAAUAUGUAGACCAUACCUUAACCAUAACCUUAACCGAACCUUAACGAUAUUAGUUCCAUUCUCCUCCCCUGCCCCCUACCUGUCAAUCAUCCAUAAGCCAACAUGUAGACCAAACCAUAACCUUAACUUCACCUUAACGAUAUUAGUUCCAUUCUCCUCCCCAACCCCCUACCUGUCAACUAUCCAUACGCCAACAUCUUAACCAUUCCAGACGUCAACAUGUAUUUCCAAUAUGACUCAAUGUUGGUGUGUGAAGCAUUCAACAGAUGUUAGCUGGCUUCUGUGUACAGUUUGUUCCUUAUUGAUGAGCGUACAAUGAGUCAGGGAGUUCGCUUUACACCAAUCGGAAAUUCAAACCUGCAGUUUGUCAAUGCUGAUCUAAAGAUACAGAACCGCACAGUUAUUUUCACAUUUUCCAGCACUCUAAAAGUGAGCUAGACUAGCCUAAAUGUCAGACUGUUACCGUGGUUACAUACUGUACAGUAACUUGUGCCAGUUGUGAUAAACUAUGGAAAGAAAACGGACUAACCCUAUACUGUGCCAUAUUAUCUAAAAAGAGCAUGGGUCAGGUUGGCAUGAUAGUGUGAAAAACAUGACACCAAAAACAUGCAAAACAUUAAUGCCGAUAAAUUACAUCUGCAUGAGAUAAGAUAAGUUAAAGUUACCCGUGGCGUUAAAUAUUUCAACAGGAAAGUAUCAUAAUUUAGCUGCUUGUCAAUUAUAUCUUGAAAUGCCCUAAAUAAUUAAAUGUUUACCUUUCUGGGAGGCCUCUUUCUCUUCCUUCCUGUUUCUACAAUCACCCGUCCCCUCUCCAGCAUGCAAUCCUCUUCCAACCAAUCAGAGAGCUUGUCCCCACUGAUAGGUUAGAAGGGACUGAUUGACAGGGUUAGUGAUCAUGGCCUAUUUGUCCCUGAAGCUUACCACCUACGGCGAGAGGAGACGGACUGGUUUGACAAACCACGAGAUGGACGACCAGAGAAUGGACAAGGGCCGGACAGGAGACAGGUGACACGCACGCUCCCACACACGGCACAAGUCAUGAAGUUAAGAAAUGCCCAUAUGCACACAGACUUUUAACACAAUGCUUUACUGUUUAUUCAUUCUUGCAGAAAUAACCAACACUAAUUACAUACAUAUUAAUGUGUACAUAAUUGUGGAGACAUUUUCAAGCAUGCAUUUGUAUCAGUAACUGCAGCUAUCUGUUGGGGUGUAAUCGCCUAUAAAACACUUAUGUAGUUUCCUGUAUGUGUCUCUCAGGGGAAGGGUGUGUACUACCCCUUUCCUCACACCAGAGUCAAACUGCAGAGGGAUCCCAAGGACCGCAGUGUAUCAGGUAAGGGAAACACAGUUGACUGUACCUUGCACAUGGACACAAUCUGCAUUGCUUGCUCUUUGGAGUUUUACGCUGGGUUUCUGUAUAAGCACUUUGUGACAACUGCUGAUGUAAAACGGGCUUUAUAAAUAAACGUGAUUGAUUGAUUGAAUCACAGUUUAUCAUAUCUAUGACGUUUCUACAGCUACCAGGCAUUUACUGUAAAUUCCAUGAGAGUCAAAUUAACCAUUUAGAACAUGAAAUGUAGGACGUCUACUCCUUUUGAACUCUCAUUUAGGCUGUAAUAAACACAGCUGUCUUAGCACAGUGCCAGCUCUUAAUGUUUGUCUCGACCCAAAAUGGGGUAGACAUUUCAUGGCUCCUCUGUUGAUUUGGCACAUCUCCACUCUCAUCAGUCAUCCAUUCCGGCUCAAAAUGGCGUAUCAUUCACACACCGGAUUAGCUUUUUGCAAUUAGUCAGCAGGCCACAAAUAAAGUGCUUGUUUAUGUGGAGCCGUGUUAAAAUGAACCAUUUGUCUGUGGGAUUUGGAUGACUUGUACCCGUGUCAGAGUGUGAAAAGCGCGUAUUUACUCUUUAGUUUAAAUGGCUGUGUGUGUGUGUGUGUGUGUGCACAUAAAUGUGUGUCUACAGUCUACACUGGAUAUAUAUUCCUGUGCAUGCAUACUAUUAAUGUGUGUCUGACCACUGUACGUGCAUGUGUAUAUUUGUGUGUGUGCAUGCUUCUCACUUAUUUGUGGGUUUCUACCUCUUAAUUUCCAGGAAAUGGAUUGGGUAUCAGAGUGGUGGGAGGUAAGGAGGUUCCAGGGACCAACGGAGACAUCGGAGCCUACGUAGCUAAAGUCUUACCUGGAGGAGUUGCCCAACAGACUGGGAAGAUACUAGAGGGUAAGUUAAGGUCACACAUACUGGGAUAUAUGCUGCGCUCCUGGGUCGUAUUCAUUAGGCACCAAACUGACUGAAUCAGGGAGGGAAAGCUUGAGGAAUGACACGGAGAUGACAAAAAUAGAAGUUAAUUUGCAUUUUGUUUUGUCACCUCCAGGCAAUGGUCUAUGACUCAGUUACCAAUGUGAAGGGGGGGGGGGGGGUGGGGGCUUUAGAGAAAGAAAGGUUUGAGAGAUUUUACCCAAGCGCUUUCAGAAUUCUGAAUGUAAUGAUAUCACAGCUUUUCUUCAAUCAAAUCUCAAAAUGCAUUGUAGGUUUGGGAAAAGCUUUGGAAGUUAGCUUUGUGAUGGUAGCUUCUAUUACUCCAACUUAGCAAUGUUUGCAUUAGCGUUUCUGUUACUUUCCUUCGGUCAGGGUUUACCCAUAUUAUUUUAUUAUCAUCUCUGGGAAUGUGCUAUAACUCAAUGGCAGCGCUAGUGCCCAGAGUUGUAUAGGUCUGAAUCCAAACUAAGGGGCCUUAGGCACAACAAGCAGUAAGCAUUGUCCAUUUAUCCCUAAACAGUCAUCAUCUCACUCCUGGCCUGUUCUCAAUACAACACUACCUGAAGAUGGAUGGCUAUGUGUCGUAUUAACAGAAAUUAAUUUCAUGAGACUUAUUGAUUUGACUGGAGGGAGAACACGCACAGUGGUGCUGUGUAUCUCUCUCUCUCUCUCUCUCUCUCUCUCUCUCUCUCUCUCUCUCUCUCUCUCUCUCUUUCUCUCUCUGGUUUCUCUCUCUCUCUCUGGUCUCUCUGGUCUCUCUCUCUCAUUCUCUCUGUCUCAGUCUGGGGAUUGUACAGGGACCAUGCAGGAUGGUUGUAAAUUAGCACGGCUGUGGCCCCUGCCUUUGUAUGGGCCGUCUAUGGCCUGAUGUAUGAGAGGUGGGACGGAGGACUGUAAAGAGAAGAGGGAAGAGAUACAACCCAGAGCCACCUGGUGGGAGCUAGGGCCAUCCAUCUGUCACACUGUGUGUGUGUGUGUUAUUGUGUGUGUGUGCAUGCAUUUGGUGUGUGUGCGCUCUCUCCCCAUUUUUCUUCAUCUUUCCCUCCUUCACUCUCUCUCCCUCCCUCCCUCAUGAUCUCUUGCUUUCUCUCUGUCCCUUCCUCCCUGCACCUGAACAAUCUCUCCUCCAUCAAUUUAUCUUUGUCCUCCCUCUCUCUCUCUCUCUCUCUCUCUCUCUCUCUCUCUCUCUCUCUCUCUCUCUCUCUCUCUCUCUCUCUCUCUCUCUCUCUCUCUCUUUAUCUCUCUCUGAUUUAUCAUGGGCUUGUAUAACAGCUGUUCUUCCUCUGUGUCUGCUGUCUCAGAACGAUCUUUAACUACAGGCUGGUCUGGACCUGUGUGUGUAUUUAUCAAUGCUGUGACAAGUUGGAUCUCACCUCUGCACUAGUCUAGUAGGUCAGCUAUGGAGGCAUCAUCUUCAAUCUCUUCUGCAUACAGUCAACUCCUGGGUUGUGUUCAUUAGGGCACACCAUGGCAAAACGUUUUGCAACUGAAAAUGAACACCUGUGUUCUUCUUAUUGUACAAAUUCAGAUCCAGUACCUCUCUGUUUCAAAAUGCCCAUCAGAUAACUCCAAACAGUGCAGUGCAGAUCAUCAAUCCUCAUUCAAAUCAAAUACAUGUUAUUCUUACUCCACGUCUGCAUGCACAUAUUAAUGCACACAUUUAAGAUGAUCCCAAGAAGUUGCAUUUAUCAGAAGUAUUUGUUAUUCGAUGACUAAAACAUACAGGCCUGAAGGAGAUAGGUAGUAGUCUAGUGACACUGUUAUCUUUCACUCUAGCGGGGCUCAUUGUUUUGUCCGUGAAAACGUUACCGUGGAGAUCAGCAGCUAUUACUGUGUCAGUUCCAAACAGAAUGUCUACGUAAGGUGACACUUCCGCUGAAACUUUGGAACAUGGUUUCUCACAGUGAACGGUGUGAAUACAGAAUUGUGUCAAUUCUAGCAGGUGCGAAGGCUCAGACAGAGUGUGUGUGUGUGUGUGAUGAGUCAUACCGCCAUACUGUGUCACUGAGUAACUAGUGUGAAACUCCAUGUGGGUAACACACAGCUCAAGAGCUCUGGCGCAGUCAGAGGGCCUACCUGGCCUACGUCAAGACUCGCUUUCAUCUGUGUGAGUGCUACUGGACGGCACGGAGAGUGUGUGCAUUUGCAGUGCUGUAGGACUGGUGUGUGUGUGUGUGCCGUGUGUGUGUGUGUGCCAUGUGUGCGUGUAUGUGUGUGUGUUUGUGCGUGUGUGUGCGUGUGAGUUUGCAGUGCUUUGGCCUGAUCUGACCUCUAACUACUGACCAUGGUCAAUUCCAUUUCAAUUCAGGAAGUGAAUCGAAACUUCAGUACAAGACUUGAAAAAGCAACACUUUUCUACGCUAGAAUUUGAAUGUGAUCUCAUGUACUGACUGAAUUGAAAUUGAAUUGAUCCAACCCCUGCUACUGACCCUGUGGUCAUGUGGUUUAACUUUCUUCAAAGCAUGGGGUUGUUAGAGAAAGAGUUGAAGUUCAUAGGAGGCUGCACAGCAGUGUGUUUUGGUGUUAAAACAUGAGUCAUUGGUAGUGUGUGUUAUAGAUGAUGGUGUGGUCUGUUUCUGUAUGUGUGUGUGUGUGAGGUGAUACACUUUACACUUAGCUAAUUGGUUUCAGUUUUCGAGUGUGAUAAUUAGGUGUGAUACACUUCAUAUAAUAAACUAACUGUGUGUGUGUGUGUGUGUGUGUGUGUGUGUGUGUGUGUGUGUGUGUGUGUGUGUGUGUGUGUGUGUGUGUGUGUGUGUGUGUGUGGGUGUGUGUGUGUGUGUGUGUGUGUGUGUGUGUGUGUGUGCGUGUGUGAAUAUAGGAAUGCAGGUGCUGGAGUGGAACGGGCUUCCUCUGACGGGGAAGACCUACGAGGAAGUGCAGGGGCUUGUGGUACAGCAGUGUGGCGAGGCAGAACUCUGCGUGAGACUGUGAGCAUCUUUUCUCCUCUCCCUCUCCGUCUCACUUUCUCUCUGUGACUCUCUCUCCCUUUGUUAUUGGUCUUAGGCUACCUCUCUCUCUGUUCCUGUCACUUUUUCUCUCUCUCUAUGUCUCUCCCUCUCCUUCUCACUUUCUCUCUGUCCAGCUACCUUCCUCUCGCUCUUCUCCCUUUAUACUUUAUGAUUUGAGGGAGGAGGAGGAGGAAUUUAAGCCGUAAGAUAUAUAUUUCAGCGCAGCCAGCUACACUCACUGAUGAGAGCCUUGCGGGGGUUCCACCUCAAGUAUUUGAAAGUGAGCAGUCUUCAUUAGCUUCAGUAGUUCUCUAGAGUGGGUUGUUUCUGAUUCACAUAGAAUACGUUUAUUUUUAAAUUCAUCUCAUUGCCUCGGACUCCCUCACUUUACUGGUUACUUGUGUCUCACACACUCAUCUCUGUCCUCUCUUUUUGACACCAUUUCUUUCUCUUUUCUCUCUUCCCAUCCUGUCUCUUUCUCUCUCUCUUACCCUCUCUCUCUUUCUUUCUCUCAAUCUGGUCUCUCUCUCUCUAUUUCUCUCAAUCUGGUCUCUCUCUCUCUCAAUCUGGUCUCUCCCUCUCUCUCUCUUAGAGAUCUGAACAUGCUGUCUGACUCGGAGGGCUCUCAGCACCUUGAUCUCCCGGACCAGAGCAAACCAGGUAGAGUAAGAGCUGAUCCUCUUCACCCCAGGGUGUCCCCUCUCUCUAUUUUCUCCUUUUGUUCACGCUCUUUCUCUCUGCUAUCUUCCCCCUCUCUCUCAUUUUUCUCAGCUAUUAUCCCUCUCUUGCCAACUUCCCCAACUCUCCUCUCCUCUCCUCUCCUCUCCUCUCCUCUCCUCUCCUCUCCUCUCCUCUCCUCUCCUCUCCUCUCCUCUCCUCUCCUCUCCUCUCCUCUCCUCUCCUCUCCUCUCCUCUCCUCUCCUCUCCUCUCCUCUCCUCACUAAAGGUGCAAAAGCCCUUAAGGUUCUGCAACUAGAAUAUUUCAGUCACUAUGGCCUCUAUCACAGUGAAUGAUUCCAUAACUUCAAACAUCUGUGUGUGUGUGUUUCUCUUUGUGAAUUUGUGUCCAUACGUGUGUGUCUGUGCUCUAGGUGACAGACCCCCCAGGUCUCCGGGGGUGGAUCCGAAGCAGCUGGCUGCAGAGCUGCAGAAGGUGUCCCAGCAGCAGGCUCCUCCCCCUACCACCGCCACGUCCUCCUCCUCCACGGCGGGGGGAGAGAAAGGUCCCCACUCUGCCAUCUCAGGCACCGCCUCGGCCGCCUCUAGCGCCAUCCAGAGUCCGGGCCAGCCGGGGUCGCCCUCCGUCAGCAAGAAACGCCACAGCAGCAAGGUGAAAGUGUGGAGGGUGAUGUGGAGCUAAAUUGAACACAGGCAACGUCUUCUGGUUGCAUAACUAGAACAUAUUUUAUGUUCAAAAGAACUGUCUAAUUUUCAAUAGACAGGCAAUUCUAUAUCGACACAUACUGUAUGUUGUAUGCAUUUUAGUUUGAAAGCGUUUCUAACUAAUCUUAUGCAUAAUUCUGUACUCACUGUCAGUUAUUUGUAUGCACACAUCCACAACUGCUGUUCCUAAAUGUGUUUCUCUCUUGUCUUCCAGUCUGCAGACGCAGUGAAGACACAAUCCCACCCUGUUACUGGAGAGAUACAGGUCAGCUGACCAAGCCUUGUUUUGAGAUUCCUUGACUCACCACUGCUUGUAUAUUCAUACACUUCAUAACGCGCUUUUAUUUACUAAGACCGAUCGUCUCAUUGAGAUUUCACCCCAUUAUGAUUCCACUGUCUCUUGAUUUUGCAGCUUCAAAUCAACUAUGACAAGCAGCUGGGGAACCUGAUUGUCCACGUGCUCCAAGCCAGGAACCUGGCCCCCAGAGACAACAAUGGCUACUCAGACCCCUUUGUCAAAGUCUACCUCCUACCUGGGAGGGGGUGAGUCUAUGGGAUACGCUACGAGUAGGGUUUACAAAAUUCUGGUAACUUUCACCAAAUUCCCAGGUUUUCCAUAAGUCAGGAGAGAAUAAGUGGCUUAUCCAGAAUCCUCCAAUCAGGAUUUCUGGAAAACCUGGGAAUUUGGGGAAACUUAACAGAAUUCUACAACCAUACCAAAGAGAGAAAGCUAGUCUGGAAUCCAAACUGAAUAUCACUAUUUUUUCAUUGAAAUUAAAGUAUAUUCAAUUUAGUUUCCAGGCAAGCAGAGAGGAGUGGUAUUCCGUUUGGAUUCAAGGCUAUAGCAGAGAGGAGUGGUAUUCAGUUUGGAUUCAAGGCUAUAGCAGAGAGGAGUGGUAUUCCGUUUGGAUUCAAGGCUAUAGCAGAUAGGAGUGGUAUUCCGUUUGGAUUCAAGGCUAUAGCAGAGAGGAGUGGUAUUCAGUUUGGAUUCAAGGCUAUAGCAGAGAGGUGUCACGAUCGUCGAUAGAAGUGGACCAAUGCGCAGCGUGAUAAGUGAACAUACUUCUUUAUUUAGAGUACCACAACGAACAAAACAACAAAACGAUACGUGAAGUCCUUAGUAACAGACACAAACCAUACACGGAACAAGAUCCCACAACACACUGUGGAAAACAGGCUGCCCAAGUAUGGUUCCCAAUCAGAGACAACAAUCAACAGCUGAUUCACGUUGCCUCUGAUUGAGAACCACACCGGCCAACAUAGAAAACACAUCAGCUAGAUAAUGAACCUCGAACACAAAAUCAUAGAAACUACACACCCUGGCUCAACAUAACAGAGUCCCAGAGCCAGGGCGUGACAAGAGGAGUGGUAUUCAGUUUGGAUUCAAGGCUAUAGCAGAGAGGAGUGGUAUUCAGUUUGGAUUCUAGGCUAUAGCAGAGAGGAGUGGUAUUCAGUUUGGAUUCUAGGCUAUAGCAGAGAGGAGUGGUAUUCAGUUUGGAUUCAAGGCUAUAGCAGAGAGGUAGGGACAGAAACACUGGAACAAGUCAAGUCAAGGAGAGAACAAUCUCUUUGGUGAGAGAAGUCAAGUAUACUUCACAGACCACCUAUAGUAGCUUACACACUACAACCAUUAUGUAAGUCUUUCACUUUUCAUCCUUGCUCUGUUGCUGUGCUCUGUCGAUGUAUCUAUGCUCUGUAAUGUUACCAGAGCAUUUCCUUGUCGGAUGUACAUCACUGUGAGUUAAUAAUGAACUGUGUCAUAUCGCAGUGAAAGCAUUAUCGAUAGCAGUGUCGAAUGGUUUUGUGGUAAAGUGUUACUGUAAUUGUUUUAAGUGUAUAUAAAACACUGGAAAGGUGAUUAGGUUAGUAGGCCUUGCCAUGGUAAAUAUAUGAAUUUCAGGUCAUGUAGACAAACACAUUCAUACGGAAUAAAUGCAUAGAACUGAGAUUACCAUUAAAACCAUGGCUAGACCACUUCAAAAGGUGGCCAUUUUGGAAAGCUCAAAACUAACUCCCAUUCAUCUUAAAAUCGAUUUACGAUUGAUUUUAGCUGGCCAUUUUUUGUGUUCUAUGCACCACCCACACCUGAUGUCAGAUACCAUACCACUAUGAUAAGCCUGUUACAAGCCUGUUACAUGACAUGAAAUUGAAUUACCAUUCUAGGACCUCUAUUUCUAUGUAGACAUUUGAUAUCUAGUUUUUAUGAAGGGCGUCAGCGUCAAACGAGACAUGUGUAAUACCCUAAAGAGUAUGUAAAUUAUGUUAUAUUUUGCCAUGUAGUUCUGAUGAGUUUUCCCCUUUGCUCUUGUUGCUAGGCGGAAUAGAGCAGGGAAAUCAAUAAGACUCAUAAUAGCUUGUAAUACGAUCCACACUGUAGCCGUCUGGAUCUCAGUGCUUAAUGUAAUUAUGUUGUGUUGUAAUCAGCUCUCCCACCUACCCAACCCUUAUCUAUGGGGUCCUUAGGGACCACUGGACCUUUACAAUGUAACACACAUACAUAUACAAGCACACACAUGCUGGGGGAUAAUGCACACUCACAAUACACACAGACACAUUCCUCUCUCACUGCCCCAACACACAUCCUGUGCCCCAUGCCCACUUCCCUGUUACUGACCUCCCCAAACACACACACGCACACACCUGAACCCUCACUUAACCCCCCCCCCCCCCCCCCUCUCGACACUGACCCUUGUUUCUGUAUGCUGUUCUUAUAUUUAAUGCAUGCUGGACCCAUUCAGUCAGGUCAUGGUUGUCCAGAAUGCCAGGUAUGUGAAUUGCCCACUCUGACUUUUGACUUUGAUGGUUGCCGUUAGGUUGUAGUAACGUUGUUGAUGGACCGGGAUUAUGAUGACGAUUGAUUUGAAGGCUCAGGGCCCAAUGCAUGUGGAGCUCGUGACGAGUGUGUAACCCCAGCAAGUCACUAUAUACUCACUCUAACACCUUUCCACUCCCAUGUAUUGUACACUUCUGCCCUAUGCCCUCAUAUUGUUCCCUACACCCUUAGAUUGUGUUCUAAUAUGCAUACUACAGUAGACUCUACCUCUAAUCGCUAUGAUAUGCCCUAACAUAUGAUCCCCACUUUCCCCUAACUAAUUUCCCUACAUGUCUGUCAGAUAUAUAAAUAGUUUUUCUAACAUUGUGUUUUACUUUGUACCUCACCCUGACGUUGUUCUUGAUAUUGUGAUUUACGUUGUAUCCAGUGUUGUUCCCUAUAGUCUUCCAUUUUAAAUGUGCCCUAAAUUGUUCCCUACUCCCUUACAUUGUGCCCUACACCCUAACAUUGUGCUAUUGUGCUCUGAAUUUCUGUGUUUUGUGUGUGUGUGAGUGUGUGUGAGAGAGUGUGUGUGAGUGUGAGAGUGAGAGAGUGUGUGUGAGUGUGAGUGUGUGUGUGAGUGUGAGUGUGUGAGUGUGUGUGUGUGUGAGUGUGUGAGUGUGUGUGUGUGUCUGUGUGUACGUAGGCUACGUGUGUGCGAGUGUGUGUAUGUGUGUGUGUGUGUGUGCAAGUGUGUAUGCGUGUGUGUGUGUUUACAUAGUCUACAGGUGUGUGUGUGUACCUUGCUAAUGGCCUGCUCUGUCUACGUGUCUGUGUGUGAUUCCAGUGCUGAGAAUAAGAGGAGAUCAAAACAAGCUGGCAAGAGUCUGAACCCAGAGUGGAACCAGACUGUCAUCUAUAAGAACAUCCACCUGGAACAGGUACUGGUACAGUAUCACUAGCUGCUUUUGGAAUAACCACAAUGUCCUGUGUAUUUGACGUGUGUUGGUUACUGUGAAUACUGCAUUUGUGAGUUUAGAGGAAUAAUAAUGUGUGUUGUGUGUGUGUGUGCGCGCUGUGUUUCAGCUGAGGAAGAAGAUGCUGGAGGUGAGCGUGUGGGACUACGACAAGUGCUCCUCCAAUGACUUUCUGGGAGAGGUGAGAGAGAGAGACAUGCAUUUUGUCCAUAGCACUUCUGUGAGGGUGACAUACAUUACUGUGAUGCUGCUGUAAGUUACCUAUAAGUAGCAGCCAUCCACUAUGUGAGGUUGAUGUUAAAGGGGCUGUGUGUGGGUGUUCUUCUAGGUGUUGAUGGACCUGUCCAACACGGCUAACAUGGAUAACGUCCCACGCUGGCUCCCUCUGAAGGAACAGAGUGAGGGAGAGCACCACCGGCGCUCCCUUCCAGCACAGGGGCGCCAGCACUCCCCCAAGCCCCCCUCGCAGCACGCCUCCCCCAAAACCCCCGCCCACGGUAAAGAGGACUCCCCAAAGCCCCCCUCGCAGCACGCCUCCCCCAAAACCCCCUCCCACGGGAACCAGGACUCGCCCAAGUCAUCGGUCAUCAAGAGCCGGAGCCACGGGAUCUUUCCUGAUCCAGCCAAAGGUAGGAGAGGUCCAGUCUUUCUCAUCCCUUUGGCCUCAUAGUCAUCAUGAACAACCUACCGUACUCCUUUCUCUCUAUCUGUACCUGUUCUUGUUCUCUCUCCCCUCUCUCCCUCGUUUUCUCUCUCUCUCUCUCUCUCUCUCUCUCUCUCUCUCUCUCUCUCUCUCUCUCUCUCUCUCUCUCUCUCUCUCUCUCUCUCUCUCUCUCUCUCUCUCUCGUUUUCUCUAGCUGUCUUUGUCUCUCUCUAUCUUUCUGCCUAUCUAUCUAUCUGCCUGUCUCUCUCUUUUUCUCUGCCUGUCUCUCUCUUUCUCUCUGUCUAUCUCUUUCUAUCCUGUCUCUGUCACUUUAUUUCUUUCCUUCUCUCUCGCCAUUCUGACUCACCCAUUAUAGCUUUGGCUUCAUGCUCUUUGCUUUGCCAUGUUUUUAUUUUCUGUUGUUGCCAUGACUCCACUCAGCUCAGAUUUUUCCUACUCUCAGCUUCCUCCAUUCCCGUUCUUACACAACAUGGCCGUGGAAGGCUUUGAAAACAACCCCCAUCUCCUCAGUCUUAACCCUAAACUUAAUUGGAAAACCCCAAAUUUAAGUGGAAAACCCUAAAGUUAUGUGGCCCAAACAAGUGGAAAAUACCCACUUCCAAAGGGUCAUUUAGACAGGGCGCUACAUAAUGUGGCAUGUAGCUUAGUUACUAGCUAGCCCUGAUGUAAAAACAGAAGAGCACAACAACAGAUGGUAGCUUUAAUGGAAAUGGUAGAUGGUAAUUGGUGAAUUUGGUUGUUCUAGACACGCAGGUGCCCACUAUUGAGAAAUCUCACAGUAGCCCCGGCACGUCGAAGCCUUCCCCGUCCGAGGGCCAUAGCCAACAUACGCCACGCGCGGCUCCACGUGCGGCGCCUCGCAAAAGUGCAAGGCAACACCAGCAGGAUGGCGCCGGCGGUGUCGCAGUAGCAACGGGUGAAGCUCUGGCUCCGCAGCAACAGCACCGCCUCCAACCAAGUAAAAGACGCAAAUAAAGCCUCCGCAGCAUGGCCGCCUCGCGCUCAUCUGUUCUCCCUUCUGUCCAGUUUGAGCUGUUUUCUUUCAUUUCUCUUUUUUCCCCGUUUCCUUCUAUUUUCUUCCCCUCCUUUUUUGUACAUUUGUCCUACUUCUGGUCCCUUCCGUAUUCACGGUGUGCCCACCUCUCACUGCUUCUCUUCGGUGUGUAGAUCUGGCAUCACACUUACUGUACUGAAGCACUUCCUGUUUUAGAGUUUACUCCUAAGUUUGCCCUGUUUCAAUGAACCGCCAGAGCCACAAAGAUUGCUGUUAAAAGCAUUUUAAACUCCAUUGGUUAAAAGUUUGAUAAGAAGGAAUAUACAAUUACUACAAUGAAACUAACUUUUCUAAAAACAGACACUAAACCCUCUGUUAAAUGAUGUCAUAAAUUGAAACUAAACGUUUAAAUAACGAAUCAUAAGGUUGCAGGCUUAAUCAUCCUCCCCUAAACCAAGUUUGUUUCAAACAUUCUUUUAAAUGUUCUUGUGUUAAUUAAUUUUGUAAGACAGUUAACAGAAUGUCGCAGAAUGACAACGAUGAUCUUAAACAAGACUGACUCCCAACAAACAAGUAGGGCUUUUGAAAGGUCACUUUGGGACCACUUGUCAAUCAGUGCCAGAACACAGCACCACUGCCAGUGCUCUCACAUGACUAGUCAAGCCAAUGACUACCAUGGUACACACAGUAGACUCAGCAGAUUAGUAGACACAGUAUGUUUUAUUCAGUUUGGACUAGCCAUGGUAUCAUGGUCCAAGAGAGUGAAGGCUAGGAAUUACCAUUAGAUAGCACUUGAAUCGUUUGAUCUACCUGAUCCAAGCUCCCUCCGUUUAAAUUUCACUAUCCCUUUUUUUCCCUGUGGUGUGGACUUAUUUUGUUCUGUUUUAUACCAAAAUGGCCGGCUUUCUGAAGCUACUCCACUCUGAGACGGCUGUGCAUGCAGUCCGCUGCCCCUCUCCCACCCACCCUUUUUUUUUUUUUUUGGACCACAAUGCACUUCAGUAGAUGCUGCACGCCCCACCCCUAUGUGACGUGGAGGGGCGGGGCGACUACGCACCGCGUUCUGUGGCUGCAUGUGACUGACAGUAAAGCUGGUUUCCAUGGUGAUGAUAUUCCUGCUUUCUGAGUCUCCAUCUCGCCCCGCCCCCUGCCCCCGGCCUUGACCUCUGCCCUCUACCCCCUUGGCGUGACCCUGUCCCGCGCCUGCGCCCCUUACCCCCUCCAGUCUCCUACCCCCCAGCCCAAAGAGGCCGCCUCUCCCUGAGGCACCACAGACACAGCAUAGUGGGCGUGCUCACCAUUCAGAAAGCCCAAUCCGAUUCGCUCCCUGCCCCGCCGGGCCCGGCAACAUCAGCCAAUGGGAGCCAAGCAGACGGCAGACACCUGACCUUCAGGAAAGCCAUGUCUGAAGAGAGGCCACAGAGGGAAGGAGGUGAGAGUUGCACGUCUCUGUCGUGUGACUGACUGCAGAGAGGCAGGCUGGGAUACUACUAACGCACACCUGCAGAAAGAGAGAGAUCUGACAACAUACAACAGACAAAAAGAGAUCUGACAAGCUACAAUAGACAGAAAGGGAAAUUAGGAGAGAUUGUGACCUAGAGAGAGAAAGAAAGAUAGAAAGAGAGAGAGAGUGAGAGAGAGAGAGUGAGAGAGAGCUAACACACAGCCACACAGCCAGCCACACAGCCAGAGAUUCAUGCAGUGAGACACAAUUUCUUAAUGGCCGCCGACACAGUUUGCUAAUACCAGGAAAUGGACUAUCAAUCCAGGGCUCUGGCAUUGUUCCCUAACAAUAAAUCAGGCUUUGUAUGUAUGUAUGCAUGUAUGUAUGUAUGUAUGUAUGUAUGUAUGUAUGUAUGUAUGUAUGUAUGUGUAUGUACAGUACCAGUCAAAAGUUUGGACACACCUACUCAUUCCAGGGUUUUUCUUUUCUUUUUAAUUUUCUUUACAUUGUAGAAUAAUAGUGAAGACAUCAAAACUAUGAAAUAACAUAUAUGGAAUCAUGUAGUAACCAAAAAAGUGUUAAACAAAUCAAAAUAUAUUUUAUAUUUGAGAUUCUUCAAAUAGCCACCCUUUGCCUUGAUGACAGCUUUGCACACUCUUGGCAUUCUCUCAACCAGCUUCACCUGGAAUGCUUUUCAUCAAGGCAAAGGGUGGCUAUUUGAAGAAUCUCAAAUAUAAAAUAUAUUUUGAUUUGUUUAACACUUUUUUGGUUACUACAUGAUUCCAUAUGUGUUAUUUCAUAGUUUUGAUGUCUUCACUAUUAUUCUACAAUGUAGAAAAUAGUUUAAAAAAAGAAAAACCCUGGAAUGAGUAGGUGUGUCCAAACUUUUGACUGGUACUGUAUGUAUAUGUAUAUACACUACCAGUCAAAAGUUUGGACCCACCUACUCAUUCAAACUUUUGAUUGGUACUGUAUAUACAGUGCCUUGCAAAAGUAUUCAUCCCCCUUGGCGUUUUUCCUAUUUUGUUGCAUUACAACCUGUAAUUUAAAUGGAUUUUUAUUUGGAUUUCAUGUAAUUGACAUACACAAAAUAGUCCAAAUUGGUGAAGUGAAAUGUACAAAUAAAAAUCUAAAAAUUCUAAAGAAUAAAUAACGGAAAAGUGGUGCGUGCAUAUGUAUUCACCCCCUUUGCUAUAAAGUGGUGCGUGCAUAUGUAUUCACCCCCUAAGUCACAUAAUUAGUUAAAUAAAGUCCUGUUUAAUAAAUAAAACACCUGUUUGCACCUGUUUGCAAUCUAAGUGUCACAUGAUCUGUCACAUGAUCUCAGUAUAUAUACACACCUGUUCUGAAAGUCCCCAGAGCCUGCAACACCACUAAGCAGGGGGCACCACCAAGCAAGCGGCACCAUGAAGACCAAGGAGCUCUCCAAACAGGUCAGGGACAAAGUUACAGAAUACAGAUCAGGGUUGGGUUAUAAAAAAAUAUCAGAAACUUUGAACAUCCCACGGAGCACCAUUAAAUCCAUUAUUAAAAAAUUGAAAGAAUAUGCACCACAACAAACCUGCCAAGAGAGGGCCGCCCACCAAAACUCACGGACCAGGCAAGGAGGGCAUUAAUCAGAGAGGCAACAAAGAGACCAAAGAUAACCCUGAAGGAGCUGCAAAGCUCCACAGCGGAGAUUGGAGUAUAUUACCAUAGGACCACUUUAAGCCGUACACUGCACACCGUACACUGCACAUCCCCACAGCAUCAUGCUGUGGGGAUGUUUUUCAUCGGCAGGGACUGGGAAACUGGUCAGAAUUGAAGGAAUGAUGGAUGGCGCUAAACACAGGGAAAUUCUUGAGGGAAACCUGUUUGAGUCUUCCAGAGAUUUGAGACUGGGACGGAGGUUCACCUUCCAGCUGUACAAUGACCCUAAGCAUACUGCUAAAGCAACACUCGCGUGGUUUAAGGGGAAACAUUGAAAUGUCUUGGAAUGGCCUAGUCAAAGCCCAGACCUCAAUCCAAUUGAGAAUCUGUGGUAUGACUUAAAGAUUGCUGUACACCAGCGGAACCCAUCCAACUUGAAGGAGCUGGAGCAGUUUUGCCUUGAAGAAUGGGCAAAAAUCCCAGUGGCUAGAUGUGCCAAGCUUAUAGAGACAUACCCUAAGAGACUUGCAGCUGUAAUUGCUGCAAAAGGUGGCUCUACAAAGUAUUGACUUUAGUGGAGUGAAUAAUUAUGCACGCUCAAGUUUUCUGUUCUUUUGUCUUAUUUAUUGUUUGUUUCACAAGAAAAAAUAUUUUGUAUCUUCAAAGUGGUAGGCAUGUUGUGUAAAUCAAAUGAUACAAACCCUCCAAAAAUCAAUUUUAAUUCCAGGUUGUAAGGCAACAAAAUAGGAAAAAUGCCAAGGGGGGUGAAUACUUUUGCAAAAAAUGCAGACAACUACAUUGAUUGAAGUUACAAUAUAUCUGCAGUAUUAAACUGAUCUACCCCCUACAAAAAAAUAAAAAAAUAAGAAGAAGAAUAAGAAGAAGAAGAAGAAGAAGAAAUUCAUAAUAAAUCAGGCUUGACAGCAAUUACCAUAAAACCAUUAAGCAAUAAGGCCCGAGGGGGUGUGGUAUAUGGCCAAUAUACCACGGCUAAGGGUUGUUUUUAGGCACAUCGCAGCAACGCAGAGUGCUAGGACACAUCCUUUAGCUGUGGUAUAUUGGCCAUAUAAAUUAUCAAAUACCCCCGAGGUGCCUUAUUGCUAUUAUAAACUGGUUACCAACGUAAUUAGAGCAGUAAAAAUAAAUGUUUUGUCAUACGCGUCAUAUACGGUCUGAUAUACCACGGCUGUCAGCCAAUCAGCAUUCAGGGCUCGAACCACCCAGUUUAUAAUACUUUAUAAAGUACCUGUACACUUUUUUACUCCGUUUUCCCUUGGGUCCUUUAAUGGUACUAGCAAACUUUUAUUUUAUCUUGUCGUGUCGAGAGGCCUGAGAGAGAAGAGCGUCGGCAUAGAUCCAGUUUCAUGUCACUUGACUCACACAUUCCACGCCAUGCUAUUCACAACCGACCAGUCAUACUCUAUCUUACCACUGCACUUAUGUAACAGAGGUGGUUUUGUGAGUAACCUUGCCAGAGCUGAAGAAGUGAUUUAAACCUGUUUUGGCAUUAAGAUCCCCGAGCUAAUGCCUAGGCUUUAGCUCAGCUGGCUAACACAGUCUUGUGGAACAAAGAAGUCCCAGGCCAAACCCAAUCAGUAACACACUUACUUAGGAGUUGCUGUGAAUAUAAACAGUGCAUUCAUUAUACCUGACUUUUGCAAGGCAAAGACAUAAAUAGGCAUUUAAACGAUGCAAGUUUUUAAAAACUACGAUCAAUUACUAAGAUGUACAGUGGGGAAAAAAAGUAUUUAGACAGCCACCAAUUGUGCAAGUUCUCCCACUUAAAAAGAUGAGAGAGGCCUGUAAUUUUCAUCAUAGGUACACGUCAACUAUGACAGACAAAAUGAGGAAAAAAAAUCCAGAAAAUCACAUUGUAGGAUUUUUAAUGAAUUAUUUGCAAAUUAUGGUGGAAAAUAAGUAUUUGGUCAUUAAACAAAAGUUUCUCAAUACUUUGUUAUAUACCCUUUGUUGGCAAUGACACAGGUCAAACGUUUUCUGUAAGUCUUCACAAGGUUUUCACACACUGUUGCUGGUAUUUUGGCCCAUUCCUCCAUGCAGAUCUCCUCUAGAGCAGUGAUGUUUUGGGGCUGUCGCUGUGGUUGAGAUCUGGAGACUGGCUAGGCCACUCCAGGACCUUGAAAUGCUUCUUACGAAGCCACUCCUUCGUUGCCCGGGCGGUGUGUUUGGGAUCAUUGUCAUGCUGAAAGACCCAGCCACAUUUCAUCUUCAAUGCCCUUGCUGAUGGAAGGAGGUUUUCACUCAAAAUCUCACGAUACAUGGCCCCAUUCAUUCUUUCCUUUACACGGAACAGUCGUCCUGGUCCCUUUGCAGAAAAACAGCCCCAAAGCAUGAUGUUUCCACCCCCAUGCUUCACAGUAGGUAUGGUGUUCUUUGGAUGCAACUCAGCAUUCUUUGUCCUCCAAACACGACGAGUUGAGUUUUUACCAAAAAGUUCUAUUUUGGUUUCAUCUGACCAUAUGACAUUCUCCCAAUCCUCUUCUGGAUCAUCCAAAUGCACUCUAGCAAACUUCAGACGGGCCUGGACAUGUACUGGCUUAAGCAGGGGGACACGUCUUGCACUGCAGGAUUUGAGUCCCUGGCGGCGUAGUGUGUUACUGAUGGUAGGCUUUGUUACUUUGGUCCCAGCUCUCUGCAGGUCAUUCACUAGGUCCCCCCGUGUGGUUCUGGUAUUUUUGCUCACCGUUCUUGUGAUCAUUUUGACCCCACGGGGUGAGAUCUUGCGUGGAGCCCCAGAUCGAGGGAGAUUAUCAGUGGUCUUGUAUGUCUUCCAUUUCCUAAUAAUUGCUCCCACAGUUGAUUUCUUCAAACCAAGCUGCUUACCUAUUGCAGAUUCAGUCUUCCCAGCCUGGUGCAGGUCUACAAUUUUGUUUCUGGUGUCCUUUGACAGCUCUUUGGUCUUGGCCAUAGUGGAGUUUGGAGUGUGACUGUUUGAGGUUGUGGACAGGUGUCUUUUAUACUGAUAACAAGUUCAAACAGGUGCCAUUAAUACAGGUAACGAGUGGAGGACAGAGGAGCCUCUUAAAGAAGAAGUUACAGGUCUGUGAGAGCCAGAAAUCUUGCUUGUUUGUAGGUGACCAAAUACUUAUUUUCCACCAUAAUUUGCAAAUAAAUUCAUUAAAAAUCCUACAAUGUGAUUUUCUGGAUGAUUUUUUCUCAAUUUGUCUGUCAUAGUUGACGUGUACCUAUGAUGAAAAUUACAGGCCUCUCUCAUCUUUUUAAGUGGGAGAACUUGCACAAUUGGUGGCUGACUAAAUACUUUUUUCCCCCACUGUAAUUGUGAUGAUUUGUAUAACAAAUUGAAAAAUUACUUAUAAGUAACUUUACGUCAAUGUGUUUUAGAGUAAAAUUAUUAGUUAGCCCCACAAAGCAGACACACACUUAGUCCAACAUUUAGAUUACUAACGCGUAAUAGGGUCUGUGGGCCUUUUGUUUGGUCUGUUGUGAACAUAUUAAUGUUGCUUAACAUUUGAUACUAUUUCUCUGGAUCGUUAUGUGUCUGUGUCCUUGUGUUCUCUCUGUGUGUCCAGUGAUGAACCAGUUUGAAAAUGUUGUCUUGUUUAUGUGUGAGGGAUAAACAUCUGCCCAUACCUGUAUGCUUCAUGCCUGUCUUCUAUAGCAUUGUGGUGCUAUUCAUAAUAACAAUUUGGUGUGUAUUGGAGGAGAGGUGUUGGCUGCCCUUAAUCUGUAGAUCAAACACACACACACACACACACCAUGUUAUGUCACGUAAGGUGGAAGAGCUAUCCAUCACACUCAAAGUGCUAAAUAAUAUUUGAUAUGGUAACAGUAGGCAUGGGUGGUGUAAUACUCUAACUUAACUGAAACCAAAGGAGAAAAGUUACCAAGGCCUUUAUUGAGACCCAUAGUGCACCCACAUAAGGCAGUACAUUCUCAACCAGGCCUGUAUGGGGCUCCCUCUCUCUCUCUCUCUGUCUCUCGUGACCUGUGUGGUCCAAUCUCCAUACAGCACGGCCCGGCAGGUCCGGUGACGCCCCGGUAACAGCCGCCUCAUUGGACAGCGGUCUGAGUGGCAGUGCUUACAGCCUAUUGGAGGAAGAGGGCGGGACUAAUGCUGUGGACAGUGCCAUCUUCCAGGUCCCUCGGUUGUGAGUUUGGUUGUUGUAUAUAUUUUACACUGUUUGUUCUAUAGACACUGAGUGUACAAAACAUGCUCUUUCCAUGACAUAGACUGACCAGGUGAAACUAUGAUCCCUUAUUGAUGUCACUUGUUAAAUCCCCUUCAAUCAGUGUAGAUGAAGGGGAAGAGACAGGUUAAAGAAGGAUUUGUUAAGCCUUGAAAGAAUUGAGGGGGAUGGGGGUACAUGUUUAGUACAUUCAGUGUAUAUAUUUCUGUAUUUUGAUAUAAUCUUGUCCCGGACAGUGGGAAGAUUCCAAAUGGCACCGACGUGAUGAUAUCACCAAUGGGCCAUAUGGACUCUGAGGGUAAGUCACAGUGGUGUGUGUGCAUGUGUGUGUGUGUGUGUGUGCAUGCGUGUGUGUGUGUGCGUGUGUGUGGAUACCCCCUGGAGGUGGAAGUGUAAUUCUAUGGUGUGCAUGCAUGUGUGUGUAUAGGUGUGAGUAUGUCCUUGUGAGCUUCAGUGUGUACAGUAUGUGUCAACACAUCCCUCAGAUAUAACUAUGGUUAGCUGGUCUGCUCUCUAGGGCAGGUUUAGUUGAAUCCCAGUGUGAGUGUUGUGAUUGUUGUGAAGUCAUCAGGAAGUAACAGCACCAGUCACAUUCAUCUGACCUUAUGAGCACACUUCAUACAGUACUGACACGUGUCAUGGAAGGAACACUCUAGUGAUCAGUGGAGGCUCCUCAGAGGAGGAAGUGGAGGACCAUCAUCCUUAAUGGAUUUCAUAAAAAUAAAAAUAGUGAAACAUUAAAAAAGUUAUCCUUUUUAGAUAAAACUACACUAAAUGUAUUCACGUCACCAAAUAAUUUAUUAAAACACUGUUUUGCAAUGACGGUCUACAGUAGCCACAGCAGCACCGUAGGACGUCCGCCAACCUAUCAGAGCUCUUGAAGCAUGAACUGACAUGUUGUCCACCCAAUCAAAGGAUCAGAGAAUGAAUCUAGUACUGAAAGAAUAUGCUCAGCUAGCUAGCACUGCAGUGCACAAAAUGUGGUAAGUAGUUGACUCAAAGAGAAAGACAAUAGUUGAACAGUUUUCAACAAAUUCAUUCUUUAAAAAUGAAGAGGAAGCAAGAGAAAGAGAGAGAGUUAUAUUUAGUUGUAUUUUUGUUCACUUUCACUUAGCUAGAAAAUGCAGCUAGCUAGCUUAGCCUACUCAAACACCCGGCUCAAACAGAGAGGGAUGCAAUGUUAGCUAGCUGGCUAUGGCUAUCCAACACUGGAACUCUUCCAAGUCAAGGUAAGCUUUUGGUUUUAUUCAUUUAUUGCCACCGGGGCCCGCCGGUGUAACUGCUAAACUGCUUGCUGCUGACUGUACACUGUACUGCAUGAUUAUAGCGGGUGUACUAAUGCGUUAGUUCUAGUAGCUAUGUUGACUAUGACGUUAAUAUGGUGACAAUGAUGUAGGCUGUGUGUAGCAGUUAGCGGUUAUGAUAUGAAGGUUUGCUUGGAAAGGUUUUUUCGCCUGGUCACAGACAGCUAAUGUGUUGUGCAUUGAAGUCCACAAGCAAGGGAAAAGAUGAGAGGAGGAGAGCACGUAGAUGUGAUAAGGGAAUAUACAACGAUCAAAGGGAUCAAAGUGAACUGUGUUUGCAUGUGAUCAGGGGUGUAUUCAUUCCGCUGAUUCUGUUGAAAAAACAUUUCUUAAAUGGAAGUAAACGGAACAAAACAGGGAUAAACAUACCUGAAUUUGUCCAAUGGAAAACUCUUGUUUGCAACUGUUGGACUAAUGAUUACACCCUAGCUCAGCUUGAUGCAGGCAAGAGUGUGCAAGGCGGUAAUGUGCACCUACAUUGUAAACUUUCAUUCAUAGGCUAGGUUGUAGCAACCUCAUGAUGGGUAUAGGGAAAAUUGGGUUAUCCUGUAGUAGCCUAAACCUAUCGCUGUUACAUUGACCUGGGUGAAUGGAAUAUCAAUGACAGUCAUCCAAUAUGCUGUAAUAGAAAUAAAGCCAUGCUCAUUAAAAAAAUAAUAUCGUCCUCCCUCUUAAAUGGCACUGACCGCCACUGGUGUGUAAUUGAACUAACGUGAGUGUGUGUGUGUGUGUAGGUAAGACCCAGGUAAUGGGGGAGAUCAAGAUAGCUCUGAAGAAGGAGCUGAAGACAGAGGGAGACCAGCUGGUGUUGGAGAUUCUCCAGUGCAGAAACAUCACCUACAAGUUCAAGUCUCCAGACCACCUGCCAGGUACUGGUAUAUGUACCUGUACAUUACACACAAACAUGUACACACACACACAUGCAGACACACGUUUACACACUCAUGUGGAUGCACAUUCGCUCGCACACUGAAAUGGUACAGAUACAUGUGAAUUCAGGUACACGCACGCACACACACACACUCAUGUAGACACACACACACACACACUGUUUCAGAAAAUAGAAGAUAACUAUUUUGUGACAAAUGUGGUGUGUGCUCAUAUGAGUGCAUGUGUGUGUGUCCACAGACCUCUAUGUGAAGCUGUAUGUGGUGAACAUUGCGACCCAGAAGAGGAUCAUCAAGAAGAAGACCCGGGUGUGUCGUCACGACCGCGAGCCCUCCUUCAACGAGACCUUCAGAUUCUGCAUGAACCCCACUGGCCACUCUCUGCAGGUCUGCCUGCCUGCCUGCCUGCCUCUGUCUGUCUGUCUGCAUCUCAUGCAUCUCUUUUUUGUCUUAGAUACUGUUAUAUGUCAUUUAAAGUAUAAUACGUAGGAUGCUCGUAUACUGUGUGUGCUGUACCGCUGCCCCCUAUAUCACAUGCUCUGUGUGUCAUGCUGGGUAUGAACUCUUGUGACAGACUGUUACAUAAAUCGAGUAGCCGGCCAGCUCGCAUGCACACAAUUUUUGGUCCUGGGUGCCAAGAAUAUUCUGGAUAAAAGUGUCUGCUAGAUGUCUGUUCUAAACAUGACUCUUCUCUCUCCUCUGUCCAGCUCUUCCUGGUGUCUAACUCUUCUCUCCCCUCUGUCCAGCUCUUCCUGGUGUCUAACUCUUCUCUCUCCUCUGUCCAGCUCUUCCUGGUGUCUAACUCUUCUCUCUCCUCUGUCCAGCUCUUCCUGGUGUCUAACUCUUCUCUCCCCUCUGUCCAGCUCUUCCUGGUGUCUAACUCUUCUCUCUCCUCUGUCCAGCUCUUCCUGGUGUCUAACUCUUCUCUCUCCUCUGUCCAGCUCUUCCUGGUGUCUAACUCUUCUCUCUCCUCUGUCCAGCUCUUCCUGGUGUCUAACUCUUCUCUCCCCUCUGUCCAGCUCUUCCUGGUGUCUAACUCUUCUCUCGCCUCUGUCCAGCUCUUCCUGGUGUCUAACCCUUCUCUCUCCUCUGUCCAGCUCUUCCUGGUGUCUUAACUAUUCUCUCUCCUCUGUCCAGCUCUUCCUGGUGUCUAACCCUUCUCUCUCCUCUGUCCAGCUCUUCCUGGUGUCUAACUCUUCUCUCCCCUCUGUCCAGCUCUUCCUGGUGUCUAACUCUUCUCUCUCCUCUGUCCAGCUCUUCCUGGUGUCUAACCCUUCUCUCUCCUCUGUCCAGCUCUUCCUGGUGUCUAACUCUUCUCUCUCCUCUGUCCAGCUCUUCCUGGUGUCUAACUCUUCUCUCCCCUCUGUCCAGCUCUUCCUGGUGUCUUAACUAUUCUCUCCCCUUUGUCCAGCUCUUCCUGGUGUCUAACUCUUCUCUCUCCUCUGUCCAGCUCUUCCUGGUGUCUUAACUCUUCUCUCCCCUCUGUCCAGCUCUUCCUGGUGUCUUAACUAUUCUCUCUCCUCUGUCCAGCUCUUCCUGGUGUCUAACUCUUCUCUCCCCUCUGUCCAGCUCUUCCUGGUGUCCAAUGGAGGGAAGUUCAUUAAGAAGACCCUGAUUGGAGAGGCCUACGUCUGGCUGGAUAAGGUGGACGUGCGGAAGCGAGUGGUCAGCUGGCACAAACUGCUGGCUAGCUCUGCUCAGAUCCACUCCUGAAGGACCUACUAUUAACCUUGUCUAUUCUAUAGGUUCGUAACUCACAGAGAGAAAGACGAGGAUGGCUAAGGCAUUCGAGUUUACUGUCUCCAUCACUGAUCCACUCUUUAUGGACCUACUGGACAUACUCACAGGUCUACUGUUGGGG